UUGAAUUACACGACGGCAUACAGCUAGUGGACUUUGGAGCACAGGUGGAGACAGGUGAGUCACGGUUCACUGUAAGGAAACGCAGCCUUCGGCAGCAAAAAUGGCAAAAUUUUUCACUCCAGCUCAAAUCAAUGAGUUCAAGGAAUGUUUCUCGUUGUAUGACAAGAAACAGAAGGGCAAGAUUGAGGCCGGGGAACUUAUCACAGUGAUGCGCAGCCUCGGGACAAGCCCUACUUUCAGUGAAAUCGACAGACAUCUCCAAGUUCACAAAAUUGCUAAGCAGGGCGAGCUGGACUUCUCUACGUUCCUGACCAUGAUGCACAGACAGAUGCAGCAGGAGGACCCUAAGACAGAGAUCCUGGAGGCCUUGAAGAUGGCCGACAAGCAGAAUAAAGGCUACAUCCAGGCGGCUGAGUUGCGGGCCAAACUCACCAAACUAGGAGAGAAACUCACAAACAAAGAAGUGGAUGAUUUGUUCAAGGAAGCAAAUGUCAAAUCAAAUGGAACGGUCAACUAUGAAGAGUUCACCCGGAUGAUGACUCUUCCACCUGUUGACUACUGAGUUGAGUUCUGUUCUUGUGGAGCACAGGCUCCAUGUUCCAGCUGUGAGUUUUACCAUGUAACACAACUUGUAUUAGAUAUCAUGUGUAAUAUGAUUUGCUUCAUGACUUGUACCAUGUAACACAGGGAUCCAAACAUCCAAAAGUUGCAAUUAUUUAUAAUCGAAAAAAAUUGAUAGUGGCAUGUUAAAACAAGUUAUGUGAAUAAAUGAAAAGUUCAAUAAAAGUGAAACUGAGAGACAAGUCAAACUGCUGUAUAAUAAUAUGCAUAUGAUUGUCGUUUUAAUAAAACAUUGAAAUUAUUCCA